ACAAAAACCUGCCCAAGAAUCCACAAAAACCAUCAUACUUCUAUGAAAUAUUGGAAAUUUGUCUGCAUUUAAGCAGAAGCCAUGAGCAGCUUCACCAACACCACCACAACCUUCCUCCAUGCCCAAAUCACCAAACCCCAAAACUACCUCUGCAAAAUCUCACUCCCAGCCAUCAAAGCCUCACUUCCAGGAGCAGAAGAAGAAGAAAACAAUGCCACAAGUCGAAGAAAAAUUGUGACAACAUUUUUAGGCACUUCCUUGGCAAUUGGGGUGCACCAACAUGGCAUUGCCACCCCACUUGGACUAGCCGAGAAUUGGGGCACUCGUUCGUUUAUAAGGGAACGUUUUUUUGAGCCCGGAUUGUCUCCAGAAGAUGCAGUGGCUAGAAUUAAGCAAACAGCUGAAGGGCUGCACAGCAUUAGGGACAUGUUGGAGGCCAUGGCUUGGAGGUAUGUCAUAUUUUACAUUCGCCUAAAGUCGGCCUAUCUUUCUCAGGAUCUGAAAAAUGCGGCAACUCUGGUGCCAGAUGUUCGCCGUCAAGAGUAUGUUAAGACGGCCAAUGAGUUGGUGAAUAACAUGACAGAGUUUGAUUAUUAUGUUCGAACGCCAAAGGUGUAUGAAUCGUACCUAUACUACGAGAAGACAUUGAAAUCAAUAGAUGAUCUGGUGGCGAUGUUGGCCUAGUACGAGGUGUUGGAUGUUUUUAUUUGGAGCUACAUGAUUGCAAAUUUCAAUGCUUUGGAUUGAAACCAAAUAUAUUUGGGUAAAUAUAAAAGCGCAUGGUUAGUUGAUAGAUAAAAGCACAUGGCUCGUUUAGAGCUCUCGCAACGGUAAUGCCACUACUAGAAUAUAUGUUGCCAAAUCUCUAUCACAGAUGAGAAGGCAUAUGAGAUCUAACUGAAAGAAAAACAGUUAAUAUCCUACAAGUAUGUGCCCAAACAGGAAUAAAAACUAAAGGAUUCAUGUGCCGAGACGGUUUAGUUAUGGUAAUGUUAAAAGCCCUUUUUGUGAGUAAUUUUUGCAGUUGCUUAGAAUGAGCUAUAAUGUCAAAAGCCAAAAAUCAUAUGUAAGAAAGCUAUUUCAUCACAUAUUUUUAAUUUCCUCCAAUAUCUAAGAUAUAAGUUUCAUGUAAUUGCA